CUUAACUAAAUCAGGCGGGGAGGGUGGGUCAGGGGUGGGGUGGGAAGAGGGGGGAACACUGGCUCCAACUGUAACGCCUUACACAGCCGUGCUCUCCGACUGCCUUGCGUGUGCGAGUGUGUGCGCGUGGAUACACGUUUUAUUUUGUGUGUGCACUCUGCCAGAAUUUCAUGAAAAUAUACCUUUUUAAAAAAAUCAAAAAAAAAAUCAAGGGCUCGAUGGCAAUUAACAGUUUUAAGAAAACUAUGGAAAAAACAAUACUUAACAUGAAAUGUAUCGUGAUGGUCAUAUUUUCUUAUAUUCUGUGAGACUGGGGGGAGGUGUAUACUGUACAUUGGGAACUGGGGAGGAUUUUUUUUUUUUUUUUUUUGUCUUUAAACUAUGUUUCCUGGUUGCCAUGGAGAAUGUUUUCGAAAGAAAUUGUGAUAUUUGAUGAGAUUCCUUUUUUGUUUUCUUCCCCCAAAUGCCUCUGUUUAAAAGGGACGGCCUGCAAUGUCCCGGUGCGUUAAACUGACAGAGAUGUGACGAGAAUGAGACACUGACAGAGAGAGGAGAGGGAUCAGGAAGUUGUACAGUGCCAAGUUAUGUAAAUAUACACACUUUACAUUGAGGAGUGUCUCCAAAAGCAAUAUCUUGAAAAUGGAUUUUGUUUAUUAUUGUACUGUACAGGACUCAGCCCUAAAUGUAUUAUGAUUAUUAUAAUAAUAAUAUUAUAAUUUCUUCCGUUUGUAUGACUAUACUGAAGACACUUAAGCUCGGAGGAAAAAGAUUUUUGUUUUUGUAUUGUUUUUUCUUUUUAAUGUCCAAGAAAUCUCACCACCAACUGUCCUGACGACAUUAAAAAAAGUAAGCUGAAGUUUCGUUGCCUAUAAAUGAAAUUCACCUAUGUACUGCAUGAGCGAGAAGAAUGUCAAACGGACACAGAAGGCAUUGGGACAUGACAGUGACUUGCCAGCGACCUCUUUGCCGCUGAACAUUGUUAAUAUUACUUUUGAAGGAGAACUGUGCUCCUUGUUUUUUGCUGCAAAGUGUUGAACACUAAAAAAACAAACCAACAUAAAAAUGUUAAGAUAUUUUUAAACGGUGACAGAAAGAAAAAGUUUUAAAAAAUAAAUUAAAAAAAAGCUGUCAGCCCAAUAUUAUGUUAUUUUGGGUUUUUUUGCUUUGUUUUUUUCUUUCAAAUAGGAAAAUGGUUCCGUUUUGUGAUAGCAGUCAUUGUAUGAUGCUUGUACUUGUAUUUGUGUGUUUUUUGUGCGAUUUGUUUAGUUAUUUUUAGACAAUCACAAAAUAAGAUGCAAGCAUUGUAAAUGGCAGACUGGCGGACAUUUUGUGAUGUGUACAGUUUGUCAAAAAAAAAGAAAAAAAACUUCUUCCACUCGUUUAAAGUUUGUAAUUAUGAUUCUUAAGUCAUGAAAAAUGCUGUUGGUUUUUACUUUUUGUUUUAUAUUUGUUUUUGUUUUUGUUUUUUUGUUUUUUUUUUAAUAAAAGCACUACAUUAUUGUGAAUAUACUUCAUGGUGGUCUCCUUUGAAAACCCCUCAUAUACUUCACAAACACACAUAUAGAUACUAUUGUUCAGCCAAAACAUUAAAUACAAACCCUACCAAAAUGGCUUGAAUAAAACCAAAAGGCCUAACAAGCUCGAAAUUAUCCAAAAGUAGCUAAAUUAAAUACAAAAUAGUGAAUACGGUGAGGUCAGUGAGGAAAAAAAUGUAGAUAUAAUCCUGUAAGGCGCUUGAAAAUUUAUGGAAAUUUAACCAAAUAUAUAGUGCUAGGACAUGGUGAAGAUUUACCUAUAUAUUUAAGAAAAAGUCUUCCUUGUGGUGGGUUAAUAUAAGGCUCUCUCAGCACUCCUGAUCCACUUUAAAGAGAAAAAAUUACAGAUGUGAGACAGAUUAUUUAUGUAAUUUAAGUAUGUUUUCUGGACCUCAAAAACUCACAAACUCAUGUAUCAAGUACGACAGACUUGUCAAGAAGUAAACGAGUCCUUCUCUCAGCUCUCGCGAUAGUACAGUAGUUGACAAUAGGCGAGUUAAACAACGUUUUCGUUAUCGCUGUUAUCGACUUUAGGGCCAUACAUACUAUAAUAUUUUCACUCAAAUAUUUAUGAAUUAUACUUUUCCAGUACACUAAGAGCUAAAGGUUGAAGAACCAAGAACUUAAAUCUCGCGAUACAACUUGAGUAUCCAUAGAAACGCCCUAACGGUUCACAGCGGCGUUAUUAAACUCUGAAACGAUAUCGUCUUUAACGCUUUUAGCUGUGUGACUGUAAUUGUGGUUUCAGGCGCAACCAUGUCUAGAAAGAAAGACCCGAAAGAUAAAACCAGCGCUGAAGACGAGGCCUGGAAAAGCGUAGGACCGACUCCAAAUGAAACUCUUCCUGUUCAGACCUUCGAUGAAUAUCAGUGCACAGGAAAUGCAGAGACUGACUUCCCUGCGCUGUGUGCUCUACUGAACGUGAAGGAUAUCCCAGCUGUUAUUGCCAAGUUCCCAGCCUCCUCCGCCAGUCAAACUGAAGAUUACCAGUUACAGACGAGUGAUGCUUUUUUCUGCUCAAAGCCCUGCCUAACACUGGAGCUGGAGAGUAAAGACAGAGCCAGGAGCAUGAAGGUUUCUGGAUGGAGGGUGAAUGAGCAGAUUUUCCGAGUGCUAGAAAAGAUGCUCCCCUCCAUGAACCAGCUACAGAGCCUUGGGUUUUGGCAGGCGGGACUGACAGAUCGCAUGGUAGUCGCCCUCAUGAACACAAUACCGCUGUGCUCCAGCCUCAGGGUUGUGGCACUGGAAGGCAAUGUUCUUCCACAGCAGGGAUACCACCUUCUUCUCUCUGAGGACAGCGUCCUCACUCACUUGUCUCUGAGAAAUAACCGGAUAGGAGUUGAAGGCGCUCGCCUGAUUGGUUCAGCGCUUUCGACAGCCAGGUCUGCCAACAAAAACCUCCUGUCACUCAACCUGGCGUUCAACCGUAUAUGUGAUGCAGGUGCUGCACUUAUCGCUCAGGGCCUGCGGCUGAAUCGUACUUUGCUCUUUCUCUCGCUGUGCAACAAUCAGGUUGGAGAUGCAGGAGCUGCUCAGCUGGCUGCGGUACUUCGUGAGUUUGCCUUAACUCAUGAUGAAAUAGUGGAGAGGAGGAAGCUGCUUCUGAAAAGAGUGCAAGCUGCUUUAGUGAAGGAUGAGCCUCUCCAAACAUUAGCUGGCAGCACCACCUCACUGGGUGGCAACAAAGGAGAGACCACAGGCACUCCUAAAAAAAAGGAAGCAACCAGAAAAGACGAGAAACCGGACGCCAACAAAGACAACCAAAAGCCAAACAAGAAAACCACUGAUACAAGAGCGUCUCAGGCUAGAGGUGGAAAGGCAGAGGGCAAAGAGAAGCAACAUGCAGAAGAGGAUACAUCAAAUACUUGCCUGAAUAAGGCAGAGUUGGUGGAUCCAGCAAAUCCCCUGCUGCACCCGUCGGUGGAUCCCAGGGACGGACAGGUCUUCAUGUCCGGAAACACGACUCUUGUUUCCCUCAACCUGGCAGGAAACAGAAUCACAGAGAAGUCGCUUCCUCACUUUUUGGCGUCACUUCAAGCGCAGGGCGAGGGUGGAGGUCUGCUGCGUCUCUGUCUGCAGAGAAACAUUUUCCCACCAGAAAAUGAGCUUUACGUGAAGAUAAAGGAAAUGAUGGCUGCCUCAGAUCCAAUGAAAAAAAAUAACUCUGAAGAGGAGGGACUGGGAGAGUAGAGAGGCUGACAGAAUGGGCCUUCACUUUGUCUUAUAGCAACACAAAUAUGUGUAUAAUUGUAUAAUAAUAAUUUCAGCUGUUUAAUUAUUUGUCAGAAUUAAUUAAAGAGAAUAAUAUGAGUGAACAGGGCAGCCAAUCAGAACUGCGUAGAUUAAUUGUUUUAGUUAAGUCACCUUACAGUUACCAGCCAUCACUCAGGUGACAUGCACAUUAGGUUUAUUGGUGGUUCUAAAUUGGUUAUGGAUAGAUGGACAUUGGGAAAUGCUAGUGUCUUUGAGUAAUACAGAUGUUCUGCUACAGACUGUUUGUCUCCUGGAUUUUGAUGUUUUUUUCUCCAGGAUCUGAACCAUUAUGGCUUCAGAAUAUGGUUAGAGGGAUUUAUAUGAUUUGUAUCUCCUGGAAUCAAACUGUGUAAUCCACUAUCCUGUAGUGCUGGGCUUUUAAUUAAUUAAUAUUCCAUUCCGGUCCCAUCAUCAAACUAUUCAUUAUUUUCCCUAAAAAUAAAUAAAUAAAUAAAUAAAUAAAUGUAAAAGUUCCAAUUUUGGAGUUACAGCUCUUAAUGCUUUUUUGUACUUUACCUUCCACAUCUGCUCCAGGUGUUCCUAUAUUCUUUAUUUUCUCCAUCAUCUUAAAUAUAUAGUCAUAUUAGUUUGCUUUCAUUUUUCUGGUGUCUGCAUCCCACAGUUUGACAACCGUUGCCUUGGAUGGUUCUUCACAUUUAUGCCUCUUCUGAUGCUGAAGGCAGAGCACAUCAGUGGUGUCAUUCCCCGAGGUGCCACCAGGGGGCUGUCGAGGAAAAUUAAAACAUAAACUGACAAAGGUUUAAUUAUCGUAAUU